ACCAAUUGGAGUCAAAGUCAAUGACAGGCUGGAGUUGAUCUUAUCAAAAAGUCAUAAAGCAGAGAGUAGCCUGUCAUUUUAGGAGACAUGCUGUUCCUAAAUAGAAACUUACUGAUACGCUGUAUACACACAGAAUGAACUUUAAACAGUGUGCCUAUGACGUGACUGAUAAACACACAUUAAUGUGGGAUGGAGGGGAGAGAUAAACCUCAGGCCAUGUUUAAUUUCGACAAUAGCCCAAAGGAAGCCUACAUGCUGCUGCUCUUCUUCUUUUGUUUGAUUGUAUUGCAAAGACUGGAUUAACAUCUCCUCCUUAGUUCACAAGACCAUGACUAUCGGCAGGAGCUCCAGAAAGAACAAGGCCCCUUGUUCUCCUCCUUUUCUGGACAAGGCUAAUGGAUUCUAUGGGCGCUUGGAUGAGGUGUUUGGAGACAAUGUACAGAUGGAAAAAGAGACCACAGAGGAACAGAUAGGAACCGUAAUCCGGAGCACCCAAGACAAUAGUACAGCUCCAGGCUGGAUAGAAGAAGAUGACCAUGUGGUUGAUUUUAAUCAGGGAAUGAUGGAUGAUGAUGGGAUCACUUUACUGAAGAAAAAGCCCAGCAGACUGAGUCGCCGCUGGAGCAGGAUGAGCUCCAGGAAGGGAAAAUAUGACAAAUUUUACUCAGAAAAAGAACUCUGUGAUGAGACCAACAAGCCCACCUCUGUAGAUCUAAACCCAGAGGUUUCACCAGUAGCCCAAACCCUGGAAAACAGCAAAACGGCAACACUGAUCCAUUUCUCUGUGAGCGAGCAUGCUGAUGACCAGAUUCUGUUAUCAGGGAAGAAAGAGGGAAAACGGGAAAUGGAAGAUACAAGAAAAGAGAAGAAGGCAGAAGGCAAACUGAAUGGAGAGUCAAUGGAAGUUAUAAAGAGGACCACUUUGAAGAAUUAUCGCAAGGCCGUGGACAGAGCUUUCCGUCGAGGAUGGGAGACUUUUGUUGCCAAUCUGUACAGUGUGACACUGACACCUAUAUCAUCAACCUCCUCUUCAUCCACACCAUCAAACAAAACUGAAUUGAACAGGAAUCGUGUUUUAGCAGAAUUCAGAUAACAGCAGAACAGACUGAUUUGUAUUUUCAAAUUGAUGAGUAAUUUCAUUUAUUAAUUUAAAUGUGCUCAAAUAUUUAAUAUGCAUAUAAAUUGCAUAUAACUGAUAACCAUCGAUCUUGUUUUAAACUGAUCAUUAUGUAACCUGAAAUGAAAGGUCAAUAUUUGAACUUUUUAUCAGUGUAUAAAUUUGUUAUCACAGUGCUAACUAAAGAGGCGUCUACCUGAUCUUUGUUCCCUUGUGAGGAAACACGAGGCCUAUAAUUAUCCAAUGUGGACAGAUCUUUUUUAUUUGAUGUGAUAAUGUUUAUGAGCUGUGAACAGUAGCAGAGUUCCUGUACUUUGGCGAUGAACGUAAAUUACAGGUUUUGUACCAAAGAGUUAACUCUUAAAAAAAAAAAAAAAAAAAAAAACUGGGAGCUCAUGGAAUUUUUUUUUUUUUAAUGUCAUCAACAGGUAAUAUCACUGGCAGUGAAGUAUAUAAAUAACUGAGCCUAGAGAUAAAGUGAAGAUGGCUUUUGUUUUCUUGGGACUUAUUUAUCUUGUCUAACUUACUUGCUGAACCCAGUUUCCUAAUGUAAUGCAGGAUAAUUUGUAUUUGUAAUGUCUCAUUUAAUCUGCAUUGUGACAAAGCAGUACUUAUAAUAAAAAUGAAA